GCCCGCGGCCGUGCCCGCGCCGGCGGCGGCCCCAGCCCCAGCGAGGGGCUCGGCUCUGCGCUCCGCCGCCUCCAUGGAGCUCCGCCGCCGCUUCUGAUGCCCGGCCCGGAGCGCACCAUGGGGCCGUUGUGGUUCUGCUGUUUGCCCCUCGCCCUCUUGCCUCUGCUCGCCGCCGUGGAAGAGACGCUGAUGGACUCCACAACGGCCACAGCAGAGCUGGGCUGGAUGGUGCAUCCUCCCUCAGGGUGGGAAGAGGUGAGUGGAUACGAUGAGAACAUGAACACCAUCCGCACCUACCAGGUGUGCAACGUCUUUGAAUCCAGCCAAAACAACUGGCUGCGGACCAAGUACAUCCGGAGGCGAGGAGCGCACCGCAUCCACGUGGAGAUGAAAUUCUCCGUUCGGGACUGCAGCAGCAUCCCCAACGUCCCGGGCUCCUGUAAGGAGACUUUUAACCUCUAUUACUACGAAUCAGACUUUGACUCUGCCACCAAGACUUUUCCUAACUGGAUGGAAAACCCUUGGAUGAAGGUAGAUACAAUUGCUGCCGACGAGAGCUUCUCGCAGGUGGACCUUGGUGGGCGGGUGAUGAAGAUUAACACCGAGGUGCGCAGUUUUGGGCCUGUCUCCAAAAACGGUUUCUACCUGGCCUUCCAGGACUACGGGGGCUGCAUGUCCUUGAUUGCAGUCCGUGUCUUUUACCGCAAGUGUCCCCGUGUGAUCCAGAACGGGGCGGUCUUCCAGGAAACCCUCUCGGGAGCGGAGAGCACAUCUCUGGUGGCAGCCCGGGGGACGUGCAUCAGCAAUGCGGAGGAGGUGGAUGUGCCCAUCAAGCUGUACUGCAAUGGGGAUGGCGAGUGGCUGGUGCCCAUCGGCCGCUGCAUGUGCAGGCCGGGCUACGAGUCGGUGGAGAAUGGGACCGUCUGCAGAGGCUGCCCAUCAGGGACCUUCAAGGCCAGCCAAGGAGAUGAAGGAUGUGUCCAUUGUCCAAUUAACAGCCGGACGACUUCGGAAGGGGCCACGAACUGCGUGUGCCGAAACGGAUAUUACCGGGCAGAUGCUGACCCUGUCGACAUGCCAUGCACCACCAUCCCAUCUGCCCCCCAGGCCGUGAUCUCCAGCGUGAAUGAAACCUCCCUGAUGCUGGAGUGGACCCCACCACGAGACUCAGGGGGCCGGGAGGAUCUGGUGUACAACAUCAUCUGCAAGAGCUGUGGGUCGGGCCGUGGGGCGUGCACGCGCUGUGGGGACAACGUGCAGUUUGCCCCACGCCAGCUGGGCCUGACGGAGCCUCGCAUCUACAUCAGCGACCUGCUGGCCCACACGCAGUACACCUUUGAGAUCCAGGCUGUGAAUGGGGUCACGGACCAGAGCCCCUUCUCCCCACAGUUUGCAUCAGUGAAUAUCACCACCAACCAGGCUGCUCCUUCAGCCGUGUCCAUAAUGCACCAGGUCAGCCGCACUGUGGACAGCAUUACCCUCUCGUGGUCUCAACCUGACCAGCCCAAUGGAGUCAUCCUGGAUUAUGAGCUGCAAUACUAUGAGAAGAACCUGAGUGAGUUAAAUUCAACAGCAGUGAAGAGCCCCACCAACACUGUGACAGUGCAAAACCUCAAAGCUGGCACCAUCUAUGUCUUCCAAGUGCGAGCACGUACCGUGGCUGGGUAUGGCCGGUAUAGUGGCAAGAUGUACUUCCAGACCAUGACUGAAGCCGAGUACCAGACCAGUGUCCAGGAGAAGCUGCCACUCAUCAUUGGCUCCUCUGCAGCAGGACUGGUGUUUCUCAUUGCUGUUGUCGUCAUCAUUAUUGUCUGCAACAGAAGACGGGGCUUUGAACGUGCUGACUCUGAGUACACUGACAAGCUGCAGCACUAUACCAGUGGCCACAGUACGUACCGUGGUCCCCCGCCAGGCCUGGGGGUCCGCUCUCUCUUCGUGACUCCAGGGAUGAAGAUUUAUAUCGAUCCAUUUACCUACGAAGAUCCCAAUGAGGCUGUCAGGGAAUUUGCAAAAGAAAUUGAUAUCUCCUGUGUGAAAAUCGAGCAGGUGAUUGGGGCAGGGGAGUUUGGUGAGGUGUGCAGUGGGCAUCUCAAGCUUCCUGGCAAAAGAGAGAUCUUUGUGGCCAUCAAGACCCUGAAGUCUGGUUACACAGAGAAGCAGAGACGGGACUUCCUGAGUGAAGCCAGCAUCAUGGGGCAGUUUGACCACCCCAACGUCAUCCACCUGGAAGGGGUGGUGACCAAGAGUUCCCCAGUCAUGAUCAUUACAGAGUUCAUGGAGAAUGGCUCGUUGGACUCCUUCUUGAGGCAAAAUGAUGGGCAGUUCACAGUGAUCCAGCUGGUGGGCAUGUUGCGUGGCAUUGCAGCAGGCAUGAAGUACCUGGCUGAUAUGAACUAUGUGCACCGGGACCUGGCUGCCCGCAACAUCCUGGUCAACAGCAACCUGGUCUGCAAGGUGUCCGACUUCGGCCUCUCCCGUUUCCUGGAGGAUGACACCUCUGAUCCCACUUACACCAGCGCACUGGGUGGAAAGAUCCCAAUACGGUGGACAGCGCCUGAGGCAAUUCAGUACCGAAAAUUCACAUCAGCCAGCGAUGUGUGGAGCUAUGGAAUAGUCAUGUGGGAGGUGAUGUCGUACGGCGAGCGGCCUUACUGGGACAUGACCAAUCAAGAUGUGAUAAAUGCUAUUGAGCAGGACUAUCGGCUACCACCCCCUAUGGAUUGUCCAAAUGCCCUGCACCAGCUAAUGCUUGACUGCUGGCAGAAGGAUCGAAACCACAGACCCAAAUUUGGACAGAUUGUCAACACUUUAGACAAAAUGAUCCGAAAUCCUAAUAGUCUGAAAGCCAUGGCACCUCUCUCCUCUGGGGUUAACCUCCCUCUACUUGACCGCACAAUCCCAGAUUAUACCAGCUUCAACACUGUGGAUGAAUGGCUGGAUGCCAUCAAGAUGAGCCAGUACAAGGAGAGCUUUGCCAGUGCUGGCUUCACCACCUUUGAUAUAGUAUCUCAGAUGACUGUAGAGGACAUUCUACGAGUUGGGGUCACUUUAGCAGGACACCAGAAGAAAAUUCUGAACAGUAUCCAGGUGAUGAGAGCACAGAUGAACCAAAUUCAGUCUGUGGAGGUUUGAUAGCAACACGUCCUCGUGCUCCACUUCCUUGAGGCCCUGCUCCCCUCUGCCCCUGUGUGUCUGAGCUCCAGUUCUUGAGUGUUCUGCGUGGAUCAGAGACAGGCAGCUGCUCUGAGGAUCAUGGCAACAGGAAGAAAUGCCCUAUCAUCGACAACAAGAAGUCACCAAGAGGUGAAACAAUGGAAAACAAUGGAAAAAGGGAACAAGUAAAGACAGCUAUUUUGAAAACAAAACAGUGAAUUAUUUUUAAAUAAUAAUAAAGCAAUUGCAGUCUUGAAAAGGGCUCCAAGACCAAUGGGAGUCUCCAAAGGAAGAGAAUAGAGCAGCUUCAUCUAUUUCCUCUUGCACAAGGGUUGCUGCAGCUGGGCCCAGACACUUCUGGAGUAACGAGACUUUUCAAGAAGAUGAAUGCAAAGAAUGGUCACAAGAAGCACUUCUCUUUCUCACAUGGGAUGGCAGCUCUGGGAAUGCCCGGCAGUCCUUCCUGAAAGCCCUGUUGGCAAAUCGAAGAGGAGAGCCGAAGCUCUUUGGUGCUGUGGAACCAAGUGCAUCUCAGAAAUUGUUGGACUUCUACAAAAGCUGAAGACAUUCUUUUUUUUUAAACAAGUAAACUGAUACUAGAAGAGGCUGUUUCCGUCAAAUGAGAAGGAAUCUGUAACACUGGGGCGGGGGGUGGGGAAUGGGGGAAAUCAGUCCUUUUUACAUCUCUUUAUUUUCUCUUGUCAUGGAACAGUUUUGUGAGUGACAGUUUCCUAAGGGUCCGUCCAUCCACCCUCCAAUGGCAUCAUUGUUUCAUACAUAUCAUAUGCACAAGACUUAUAGUGAUGUCCUCACUCGAUGCCAAUGAUCUUUCCCCAGAAGACUUCCCAAGUACAGUAUGUAGUAGAUUUUGAUUACAAAUGCUGACGUGUACCUUUAUUUUUCGGUUGUCGUUGUUGGGAGAUUCGUCCUUUUACCUUGCUUUGUUAACACCAAUUUGUGAGUUUGGGGUUGGAAUUUUUUUGGUCGAUUGGGGUUGUUUUUUUGUUUUUUUUUUUUUUAACGAAAAGGAAACGACAUUU